GUUGAAGGGUUUCUAGUGAAGGGUUGAAUUGCAGAUAUUUGGGUUUCACAGAGGGAGGGAUUUUGGGGUACACAGGUGGAGUGACCCCUCUCUCCCCUGUCACUAUGGUGUCUAUAGAGGACAUCUCUUGGCUAUUUCUGCUGAUUCUUCCACUUUGCACGUCUACCCAACCCGCUUCCAGGACACAGAGUGGUGUUGAUGAAUGUGCUGAGGGAAUUGAUGGAUGCCACAUUGAUGCCAUCUGCCAAAAUACUCCCAACUCCUAUAAAUGUAUUUGCAAGACCGGCUUCAAAGGGGACGGUACGACGUGUGAAGACAUUGAUGAAUGUGAUAAUGAUUACAAUGGGGACUGCGUCCACGAGUGUACCAACAUUCCUGGAAAUUACCGAUGCACCUGCUACGAUGGCUUCAAGUUGGCACACGAUGGGCACAACUGCCUAGAUGUGGAUGAAUGCCAGUCUAAUAAUGGUGGCUGCCAGCAAACCUGCAUUAACAGCAUGGGCAGCUACGAAUGCCACUGCAGAAAAGGAUUCUUCCUGAGUGACAAUCAGCACACUUGCAUCCAGCGUUCUGAAGAAGGACUGAGUUGUAUGAACAAGGAUCACGGAUGCGCGCAGAUCUGCAGGGAAGCCCCUCGCGUUGGCGUAUCGUGUGAUUGUCGACCUGGAUUUGAACUGGCAAAAAAUCAACGAGAUUGCAUCUUAACCUGUAACCAUGGAAAUGGAGGAUGUCAGCACAUAUGUAAUGACACAGACACGGGUCCUGUUUGUUCCUGUCACCCAAAGUACACUAUGCAUCCCAAUGGAAAGUCCUGCAUCGAGAAAGAGGAUUUAGAGAGUAACUCCACUGCUGUAGCUGAUGUGGACAAAAGGGUUAAAAGGCGACUGGUAAUGGAAACAUGCGCAGUGAAUAAUGGUGGGUGUGACCGCACCUGCCGAGACACAUCAACAGGUGUUCGCUGUAGCUGUCCCGUGGGUUUUACCCUCCAAUUUGAUGGGAAAACGUGCAAAGAUAUUGACGAAUGCCAGAACAGUAAUGGCGGAUGUGAACAUUUCUGCAAAAACACAGUUGGGAGUUUUGAUUGUAGCUGCAAACCUGGCUUCAAAUUGCUGACAGAUGAGAAGUCAUGCCAAGAUGUUGAUGAAUGUUCCUUUGAGAGGACGUGUGAUCAUACCUGCACCAACCUUCCUGGAUCCUUUACAUGCACAUGUGACAAAGGAUACAGUCUUUAUGGCUUGACACACUGUGGAGAUAUUAACGAAUGCAGCAUAAACAAUGGCAGCUGCGGGCACCUCUGCGUUAACACGAUGGGGGACUACUACUGCCAGUGCCUGCCGAAAUACAAGCUCCACUGGAAUGGCAAGGAUUGCGUUGAGGCCGAGAGAUUCCCGCCAGACAAUGCGGCUCCCAAAAUUUCCCUUCAUUGCAUUAAGAAUGGCGGAAUAGAGCGGUGCUUCCUCAAUUGCCAGUCUGAUAUCUAUUCUGUUCCUGGAUUACAGGAUUCAUAUACAAUUACCUGCGGAUCUCCUGCUUCACUCAAGACGAAACCUACGAGAAACGAGACACUUGGACUAGAUGUUGCAACAAUUAAGGCAAGUUUAACAUUUAAGCUGGCGGAGAGCACUUGCAGGAUGAGGAAGACGGAGGGGUACCAGGAUUUUAUGCAGCAGAAAAUACCAGAAAAACAAAAUCUUGUAUAUGAGAAUUUCAGCUUCAUAAAUAUAACAUGCAAGAACAGUGGGAGGAAGAUGCCUGCACGAGAAAGCAUUAUAAUGGCGCAAUUUGAGCUCGAAGCUGCCCAUCAGGAGGUCACAGAGUCAUGCAGUUUGAGCUGCGUUCGGAAGAAAGCCGAGAAAAGACUUCGUAAGACUAUACGAACAAUGAGAAAAGCCAUCAGCAAGGAGCAUGUUCAUGUACGCCUGUCCGGGAGGGACUUUGAACUGGCUAAAAAGAUACCCAGGCAGACAGAUUCACAGGACACGUGUGGUAUAGGACAUGUACGAAUGGACAGCCGAUGUGUCAGCUGUCACCCGGGAACUUACUACGAUGGCGAGAAGGAGCAAUGUGUUUUAUGCCCAAAUGGAACCUAUCAAAAUGUGGAAGGGCAGAUAACCUGUGAAAUUUGCCCAGGUCAAGAGAACCGAGAGAGCCAAAAGAAUCCAGGCGCUCGGGAAAUAGCAGAAUGUGGAGGGCUGUGCUUCGCUGGUGAAUACUCAAUAGAUGGCUUUCGCCCCUGUGAACCGUGCCCUGUGGGAACCUACCAACCAGAGACUGGUCGCACCUCAUGCUUUCCAUGUGGUGGCGGACUCACUACUAAACACAACGGUGCCGCUGCCUUUCAGGACUGUGAAACUAAAGUUCAGUGUUCACCGGGACAUUUCUACAACACCACGACUCACCGAUGUAUCCGCUGCGUGGUCGGAAUGUACCAGCCGGAGUUUGGACAGAACUUCUGCAUUUCCUGCCCUGGAAACACAAGCACCGACUUUGACGGCUCCACCAAUAUUACGCAGUGUAAAAACCGGCAUUGUGGAGGCGAGCUAGGAGACUUCACCGGUUACAUUGAAUCCCCCAAUUACCCUGGAAACUACCCAGCUAAUGCAGAGUGUACGUGGAUCAUCAACCCUCCCCCAAAACGGCGCAUCUUGAUCGUAGUCCCAGAAAUCUUCUUGUCCAUCGAAGAUGAGUGCGGAGAUUAUCUAGUGAUGAGAAAAAGCUCUUCGUCCAAUUCUGUGACGACUUUUGAGACCUGUCAGACCUACGAGCGUCCCAUCGCCUUUACCUCCCGAUCUAAAAAACUGUGGAUACAAUUCAGAUCUAAUGAAGCAAACAGCGCAAAGGGUUUCCAGGUGCCAUAUGUCACAUACGACGAAGAUUAUCAGGAGCUUAUAGAAGAUAUAGUACGUGAUGGUAGAUUAUAUGCAUCAGAAAACCACCAAGAAAUUUUAAAGGAUAAGAAACUGAUAAAAGCCUUAUUUGAUGUCCUGGCUCAUCCUCAAAACUACUUCAAAUACACUGCACAGGAAUCCAGAGAAAUGUUUCCAAAGUCCUUCAUUCGACUGCUCCGUGCUAAGGUGUCCAGGUUUUUACGACCUUAUAAAUAAGGAUUUGACUUUCUGUCUGUGAUCUUCAUCAGGUUGGCAGUUUCACCAGGUCCUGCUUUCACGUCACUCCAAGUAUCACUCGCUCUUUGGCAUAAUUAAUUAUAUCAGAAGCAGGCCUUUUAUAUCUUAAUAAAAUGAUCUUUUUGACGACUAAAUGAACGAGUGCUGGAGAAGUGGAACAAAGCCUUGAUUUAACCCAACAUUUUACUACCAUUAGCUUUACUGGUGAAAAGUACCAACAAAAUGCGUGCAUUUCCCCAGAACAUUAAAUGGACCGACGGACCUUAUAUUCCUUUAUCAAGCUGGUUUAGCUACACAUCAUCAUUCGAUAGCAAAUCUGCCUUCGGUGAGAAACUACACAUGGCAAAGAAUAAAACCCAGUGAGUGGAUUUGAAGCCCUCGGUGUAUAAUGUUGGAUAAUUUGUCUUCCUAGCUUACAGACCCUACCAGUGUGUCAGAGUGGCUGAAUUAAUAGAAAGCAUAGCUUCAGUCUGUAGGUACAAGGUAAUUAUAAGAGGUUAGUCCUUUGAGUAUCACGUAGAGACACCAGAAAGUUAAUAGGUAGUAAAAUGAUCAUGAUGGCAGAUAUGGGUUUAUCAAAAUGUAACAUUAAAAUCGAAUCAUCAGAUCUUCUUGGGGUGAUUUCUCAAUUUCCCACACCGGGCUUGUGUAUUCAAUAUUGGUCACAGGUAGGGGACGCCCUGCUAACAGAGAGAGAUUUACAUUUAGUGGGGAGCAGUUCAUUUUUAUCAGGGAGCUUAUACAGAAAGUAACAGCACCUAUAUUUUAUAUUGGUGUUCCUCAACAUUUAGCUUUAAUUUAUUCGUAUGAAAAUAAUUUUUUUUUUUUUUUAAUAAUGUUUUGGGGUCUGAAGUGGACACCCAACACUUGGGACAAUGUUUCAGAAGUCAGGAGAAAGGGAUGAGUAAAAAGAAAAUGGCAAACCAGCUGUCACCUGUCUCGGUUUGACUCUGUUUUUAUCAUAUUUCUCAUAUUACUGGAAUAUUAUCAGAAAACCAUCCUGCUCUAGGCCUGUCCUCCUCUGAAGCACAAACUGGGACAUCAUUGAAGGAACCUGGAGAUGAGAUUUGAAGCAUUGGGGCUGGAAUAAACAGAAUUCAAAAUGGUGCAUCAUUUCAAUGCCGAGCAAGUGAUGUGUUCGCUUAGUCAAGCAAACUUAGCCUCACAGAAGCAGAAUGGCGUUUGACAAGGACUUUAUUAGAAUUCUCCACUUUGUUCCUAUUUGGACAGCAAAACGUGUGGCAUAAAAGACAGCCUGGCAGCAACAUGUCUACUAUGGGAAAAAUGGCAUUUGAUGGGAUCUGAUGCAAGGUUCCUGGGAACAAGCAUUGUUUGGAGGUCAGGGCACAGUGACAUGGACAAGAUGCCUAAAACUUUAUAAAUGCACCAAAGGCUGUUUCUCCCAAAAACACGUUAGCUGCAGCCAUGCCCUAGCUAAAGGGGCAGAUAUUCGGGGCAACAUGUUCUCAGUAAACGCAAUGAGCUGAUCUGCAAAGGGAGUCACGUCAGAACUCUAAUGCGUUAGUUUACCAGGCAGUAUAAAGUUACAAUCUGAAUACAAAUAACAGAUUUUAGAUUUUGUUUCCAUUGUACUUAAAAUAUAUUGGGGUAUUAAGAGAAUAUUUUUUUAGUUUGUGUAGCAUUAAAGCGCUUA